AUGGCAACCAGGCGACAUCGACUUGUAAUUAAACCAAACAUCAAGCCUGUUGCGGCUAAGACUGGUGGAUCUGUUACCCCCAAACCCAAGACUCCUUCUAUAAAUGCAGGAUUUGAGUCCUCAUCGCCGAAUGUUCGACCACACCAGGUCUUACCUGCACAGGAGAUCCAGCAGCCACCUGAUGAUGAUGGUAAGAGAAAGCAGGAAGUUUUACCUGAAGUAGAGGUCACCAAGCUGGUUGAUCUUCCAGGUAAUGCCAGCUGUGCAAAUGAAACUUUGAUGGAAACAGAACUGUCAGGAGACUCCAAGGAAAGAGAGAGGCAGGAGUCGUCCACACCAAACAAGGGAUCACUGGAUGACGGUUGUGAUGGCUCCACAAGCAUGUCCUCCAGUGCCAUGGCCAUGAACUCUACAAUCCCUUCCAGUCACCAGCACAAGAAUAGGCAGUUGUCUACAACCGACAGUGAAAUCCUGGCAGUACAAUCAAAAGAUAUCACAAAUUGUGCAGAAGUGGCCAAACUGGCAGAUGUUGACGGCCAGGCAGCGACUCCUUCGGAAGCUGAUAGCUCUUGCAUGUCUGAAGCAAUGUCUUUAGAUCCAGAUAGUGAACGGCAGAAAGAAGUUGGUGAUAAAUCUGAAAAGAAACGCAAAUGGCAUAAGAGCAAGAAGCCUAGAGUGGAACCGCUGCCCAGCAGAGAGAAGUCUCCUGACAGGCAGAAGUUGAAGAUGGGUGACCUUUUACUUUGGAACCCAUCGCAGAACUUUUUCCCAAAAAAGAGCAAAAAGAAAUCUACACCAAAAAGUGAAACAAGGUCGUCUUCACCUUCAUCAAGUGUGGCUGUAGACGACGAUAGUGAGUCAACCAAUCAGAGUGCCUCCUUGCCGGCACCUCAGAUUAUGAUUGGGCCGGAUGGAAAUAUAGUGCUAAACACAGAGAGUUUGUUGAUAAACACACAGAGGGAAGAUACUAAACCAAAAGAAGUAUUAGAAGAUGACGAUGAUGACCGAUAUCUGAACACAAACUCUUAUAGGAAGUAUCACAGAACCAAACAGUGGACAGAAAGAGAAACGGAGAAAUUCUUCAUGGGUUUAAGCAUGUGUGGUACAGACUUCUCACUGCUGACCAACCUCCUGUCAAACAGAACCAGGCGAGAGUUGAAGAAUAAAUUCUACAGAGAGGAACGAAGAAACAGAGAACUCAUUGAUAAAGCAUUAUCGAAUCGUCAGCAGUAUGACUUAACACCCUUCCAGAAAAUGUCUGUAGAAGAUGAGAAGAAGGUGAAGAAGCAGGCGACAAAACGACCGAAAAAGGAACCUUCAGUUGACAAGAAAGCUGAAAAACCAAAACAGAAGAGAGGAAGGAAAAAGAAGAUUAAAGAGUCUGAGGAUGAAGAGGACGACUGGGGCCAGGAGGAAGAUGAAGAAAAUCAAAACGUGGAAACUGUCAGUGUGCAGUCAACAGAAUCUCCUGUUGCUACAAAGAAGUCAAAGGUCAAGAUGGAGACCAUCAAUCAUAAGAAAUCAAAACUAUCAGAUCAGAACACUCAAGAAAGCAGAGCAGAGCAGGUUCCUAAGUUUGAAGAUUUUGUGGACUUAGAUAACCCAAGAAUGACUGCCAAACCCUCCAAGACAUACUCCAGAGAGAGCCCCGAGAAGAGGACAAUGCAGCAACCAGCCAUCACACCCAGUGCAGAUCCUAACCUCAGUUCUAGCAGCAAGGUCAUCCAGGCAAUCCCUGGAUCCACCCAGGUUCAGAUUGAGAUGGAGGGUGUUCAGAACCCAGUCCAGGGAGUUCUGAUACCAUCCCACAUGGUGCCUCAAAUUGCACCACAGCUCGGCAUCCAUGGAAACCCUGCUGGGAUGCAGGUUCUGCUGGUACAAGAGGAGACUGCCUCUGGAAGUAUGGUCCAUGUUUAUGUCAUUCCUGAAGGAAGUACAGCUCCAGGUAUUGCUAUUGGAGGGAGUGUAGGACCCAGCAGUCACCCAGCUUUUACUUCGCCCAUACCAAGCCCUCACACUUCAGCAGUUGUUCAAAGUCCGGCUGCAGCCUCGCCGUACCAUGCCUCUAAUUCUCAUCCACUUGCAUCUGUAUGCAGUCCACCACCAAAAUCCCCUUUUCAAAGUCCAUCUCCAUUACAUUAUCCCCCAGCAGGAGAUCCUUCUCAGAGAGCAUAUCAUCAACCUCACAGCUCGUCUUUGCAGCAGAACCUCAACCCACACUCCUCACCAACCAGAUCUUUUUCUGAGCCUUCGGCCAUCCACCAGCAGGGCACCGAGGUCAGCCUGCUUCCGUUACUCCCGACAGACAACACACAGGAGAAAUCUUACUCCAUGCAAAGUAACAAAGACAUAGUCUUUGUCUCACCACAUUCACAAUCAACAGAUUCGGUAAUGCCUCAUGAUGCAGAUAAAUCUGCCAAACUGCAUUCUAAAAAUGUCCAUCUACCUGCUCAGGAGAUACCAGCAUCCUCAGCUGAUGGUUACACACCAGAUGUUGUGGUAGUAGCAGUGCAAGACACAGAAUCCAUGGCUGGUGACGGUACUGUCCUGCACAGUUCCAGCAUUGUAGAGAUGAA